GGCAUCGGAACCUGCUGUUGAAUCUGCUCUUGAGAGGUUUGCUGAUGUUCUAAAUCAAUAUGAGCUUGCCUCUGCGCUUUUUUAUCGGGCUGACCAAGAGAGAUCUAACCUUAUUGUGCGUGAGACGUCUGCGAAGACAAUUGUGGCUGAAGCAACUUGUAAUUCAGAGAAAGUCCGUGCAUCAUUUGAAGUUCAGGCUUGGGAAUUUGCACAAGCAAAGGCUCUAAUAGCUGAGAAAGCUCAAGAAGCAACGACUUGGAUGGAGCAACAUGGGAGGGUCCUUGAUGCUUUACGAAGUAACCUAAUCCCAGAAAUAAAUACCUGCAUAAAGUUGAGUGGUCUGUCAGAUGCUUUAUCUCUUACAUCUGGUGUUCUUGUUGCUGUUCCAUUCACUAUAGUUCCUGAGCCCACUCAAGUACAGUGCCAUGAUAUAGAUAAGGAAGUUUCUCAGCUAAUAGCUGAACUGGAUCAGGGACUCUCAUCUGCCUCAGUUGCUCUCCAAGCAUACGCUUUUGCCUUGCAAAAUCCUCUAAAUUAUCUUACAACCAGUGCAGUGCAUGGUUGGGCACAAGUUCUGCAAUUGUCUGCUAGUGCUCUUUCUGCUGAUAUCCUCACUCUUGCUAGAAGACAGGCUGCUGAACUCAUUGUGAAAAUACAUGGAGAUAAUAUUGUUUCUAUCAAAUGCAAUCAUGAACAACUUUGUUUGGAAGUGGAAAAGUAUGGGUUGGAGAUAGAAAAAGUUGAAAAAGAGUGUGCUGAGUUAGUUAACUCUGUUGGCUCAGAAACUGAAUCAAAAGCUAAGGAUCGUUUUUUAUCUGUUUUCAUGAAGUAUAUGAAGUCUGCAAAUCUUUUAAGGAAAGAAUUUGCUAAUUCUUCACAUCAAUCUGGACAACUUAAAUAUGAUGGGAGAAAAGAUGCCAUGUUACAGGGGGCUCAGGAAGAGAACAAGGAAAGGGUAUUAUCUGUUCUGAAUAUAGCUGUAAGCAAUCUGUAUGAGGAGGUCAAGCGUAGGGUCCUUGAAAUUUUUAGUGACACUGUUGGGGUAAUGAGAGGAAGCGAUAGGUUGAGAUCUGAUUUUGGAACUAUUUUCUGUGAGUCUGAAGAGCAAGUAGAGAAGUGUAUACUUGUGGCAGAGUUUGUGAAUGAACUGUGGCAAAUUAUUGGCAAGGACAUGUCUAAUGAUGAUGCAGAUGUAGAUUGUUCAAAAUAUCAUCCUGAAAAAAAUUGGGCCUCUAUCUUCAAAACCAGUUUACUUUCCUGUAAGAACUUGGUUGGGCAAAUGACCGAAGUUGUUCUACCAGAUGUAAUGAGAUCUGCUAUUUCAUUCAAUUCAGAAGUUAUGGACGCAUUCGGAUCAAUCUCACAAAUGAGGGGGUCCAUCGAUACAGCACUUGAACAGCUUGUGGAGGUUGAAUUAGAGAGAGCAUCCUUGGUUGAACUAGAACAGAACUACUUUGUCAAGGUUGGUCUCAUUACUGAGCAGAAAUUGGCUCUUGAAGAAGCUGCUGUGAAGGGUAGGGAUCAUCUAUCUUGGGAAGAGGCAGAGGAGCUUGCCUCACAAGAAGAAGCCUGUAGAGCAGAGCUGAACCGACUCCAUCAAACUUGGAAACAUAGGGACAUGGGAAAUACCUCUCUCAUGAAGCAAGAAGCUGAUAUUAGAAAUGUCUUGGUUUCUUCAGAGCGCCAUUUUCAAUCUGUAAUAGGUGCUGAAGAGUUUAGGGAGCCACAUGUUUUGAGAAGCAAAGCACUAUUGACCACACUUGUUAAGCCCUUUUCUGAGUUGGAAUCAGUUGAUAAAACAUUAACCUCUUUCAGGUCUGUUGAUUCUAAAUCAGAUGGGAUCCCUAAAUUAGCAGAGUUGAUGAGUUCUGGGCGCUCAAUAUCUGAAUGUAUCUGGAAUUUUGGUAGCCUUUUGAGCAGCCACUCUUUCUUUAUUUGGAAAAUGGGUAUAGUGGAUUCUUUUCUUGAUUCAUGCAUACAUGAUGUGGCAUCAUCGGUUGAUCAAAAUUUAGGAUUUGACCAGCUGUUCAAUGUUGUGAAGAAAAAGCUUGAACUCCAACUUCAAGAACAUGUUGGUCUAUACUUGAAAGAGCGAGUUGCUCCUAGUUUAUUGGGUUCGUUAGAUAGAGAAAUUGAGAAUUUGAAGAAAUUGGCUGAGGAAACAAAGGAAAUUACAGGUGAGGAAGUCAAAAAGGAAACUGAGGCUGUGAGAAGGGUCCAACUAAUGCUUGAGGAAUAUUGUAAUGGACAUGAAACAGCUAGAGCAGCAAGAUCAGCAGCUUCUCUUAUGAAAAGGCAGGUGAAUGAGCUCAGGGAGGCUCUUCUCAAGACUAGCCUAGAGAUUGUCCAAAUGGAGUGGAUGCAUGAUGAUGUUUUGACACCCUCAUAUAAUAGCAGGAUAAUAUAUCAGAGAUUUUUUCCCAAUGAUGAUAAAAUAUAUCCGAUUGUUCUAAAUCUCGGCAGACCAAAAUUGUUGGAAACUAUACAGUCUGCUGCGUCAAAAACAGCUAGAUCGAUUGACUGCCUGCAAGCUUGUGAACGAACUUCUGUCACCGCAGAAGGGCAGCUUGAGAGAGCAAUGGGAUGGGCUUGUGGUGGGCCAAAUUCCACUGGAAAUUCUUCAACCAAGACUUCAGGAAUUCCACAUGAAUUCCAUGACCAUCUGAUGAGGCGUCGGCAACUACUAUGGGAAGCUAGAGAAAAGGCAUCAGAUAUUGUCAAAAUAUGCAUGUCAAUAUUGGAUUUCGAAUUGUCAAGAGAUGGUAUUUUUCAGAUUCCGGGAGAGGCUUAUCCCUUGAGAGGUGGUGGCGAUGGAAGGACAUGGCAGCAGGCUUACUUGAAUGCACUAACAAAACUGGAGGUUGCUUAUCAUUCAUUCACAUGUACCGAACAAGAGUGGAAGCUCGCAGAAAGCAGCAUGGAAGCUGCUUCUAAUGGCUUAUACUCCGCUACAAAUGAACUUUGCAUUGCCUCUCUUAAAGCAAAGUCAGCUUCAGGUGAUUUACAAAACACUGUUCUUGCAAUGAGGGAUUAUGCAUAUGAAGCCAGUGUUGCUCUAUCUGCUUUUGGUCGUGUAUCAAGGAGCCAUACUGCUUUGACCUCCGAAUCUGGUUCCAUGCUUGAAGAAGUUCUGGCAAUAACUGAAGACCUGCAUGAUGUCCACAGUUUGGGGAAGGAGGCUGCUGCUGUACACCGCUCUCUUAUGGAGGACCUUUCCAAGGCAAAUUCCAUCCUUCUUCCGCUUGAAUCUGUUUUGUCCAAAGAUGUGGCUGCUAUGGCAGAUGCUAUGACUAGUGAAAGAGAGACCAAGAUGGAAGUUUCUCCUAUUCAUGGACAAGCUAUAUAUCAGUCUUAUUGCCUCAGAGUGAGGGAGGCAUUUCAGAUCUUUAAGCCCUUGCUUCCAUCACUUACACUUGCUGUAAAGGGACUAUAUUCAAUGCUUACAAGGCUUGCGCGAACUGCAAGUCUCCAUGCUGGCAAUCUUCAUAAAGCUCUUGAAGGACUAGGAGAAAGCCAAGAAGUAAAAUCACAAGGAAUUAGUCUGUCAAGGCCAGAUCUUGCUGCCGCUGAUACUUCCCAAUUUGAUGACAAAGAGAGAGAGGAGCUCUCCAAAUCUGAUAGUGAGAGCACCAAAGAUGAUCUUCUUGGUGUUAUUGGACUCUCUUUGCAAGACAAAGGAUGGAUAUCUCCUCCAGAUAGCAUCUAUGGCAGCAGCUCUGAGUCUGGCGUCACCUCAGGUGGUGCAAGUCUUCCAGACUUAAACAACCCAGCAGAAUUGAUGGGACAACAUUCACAUGGGGAGGACAAGUAUCAGCCAAGUUCUAUUCCAUCUUCACAAACUGGUUUCCAAUCACACUCUUGGCCGUUGGAUGUGGACGAUAGUGAUAAUGGUUCUGUCAAGUCAAGUAUUAAUGAACCAAAUGUAAAUCUGGAAGCUGUGAAAUCUCAAAGUGAUGAAGCUGCAAGUGUGCCUGUAGGCAGUUCGCAACCAUUGAAUAAGGAGUCAGAGGUGGCUUUUGGAGUUGAAGACGAACUAUCCUCAUUAAGCAAAGUUAAGAUUGACGAGGAAAAUAAUGAAGAUUCUAUUCCUAAUGCACGUACCGUUAGCCGAGUUGUCAGGGGUAAAAAUGCUUAUGCAUUAUCAGUCUUAAGGCGUGUUGAGAUGAAACUUGAUGGUAGAGAUAUUGUUGAGAACAGGGAGAUCAGUAUUGCGGAGCAGGUAGAUUAUUUGCUCAAGCAGGCAUCAAGUGUGGAUAAUCUUUGCAACAUGUAUGAAGGAUGGACACCGUGGAUUUGAAUUUGAACAUGUGAAGCCUGUGCAUUCUCAAUAGAAUCAGUGUCUUGAGUUAUAUAUGGAAGCAUUGUUGAGCAUGUCAAAGCCAUUUCAAUUACUUGUCUCACUGACUUGGCCUUGUGUCUGAAACUCUCCCUAUCUCUGGGACUAAGCCUUCUGCAAAAAGAAUUAUCUCUUGGCUUCAGGACCCUGGUAUUUCUGCCGAAGAACCUGCUAUGAAUCAAUACCAGCUGCUUAAAAAGAUGCCAUCUAAUCAUGCUCUAUCUGUUUAAGAUGGAAAAAUAUGUCAGGGCUCUAAUAUGGAUUCAAAUUCGAUGACUAUUUAAAGUGCUCGACAGCUUGAAGCCCUCCCAAGAUGUUACAACAACCAUCGCUGUCCAUAUGGAAGUUACUUUUCGAUAGGUCUCAACCUUGUCAGCUCAUCGCCUGCUCCUUUCUGAACGAAAUUCCAGGAGAAUUUUCACUCGGACAACUCUUAACAUGGAGGAUUUCCAUUGCAAGUCAAAACUGCAUCCCCAGUGAAGGCACUGAGUUGGACAUCGAAGGUAAAAAUACUACUCUAUCUCGUGAGAAUUCACUGGUUGAAAUUAGUUCAGUAUUCUUAAUCAUUUUAGAUAAAAAAAAAACCAUGCCCUAUACAUAUACAAUUUUGUCACAUAAAUAAAUACAACUUAAGAAGCUUA